UGGCAUCCGUAGAACGGGGCAGGGGGCACCACCCGCCAGUCUCGCGCUGGCGCGCUGCCGCGUGCGGGGAGAGGGAAAAAAAUCGGCGACUCGCCCAGUCCUCCACCACCAUGGCCGCUCGCCUUCACUUCAGCCUCGGCCCCCGCCUCCGCGGGUCUGCCACUCUCCCGCACGGGCUCGGUCGCGCCUCUCCGCCACGGCUUCGGUUCCGCCGUCGUCACCGCGCCGCCGGCCGAGGACGAGGACUUCGCCACAGCUGCUGACCUCCAGUUCGAGCCGCCGCUCAAGGUCGUGAAGUACCCCGACCCAAUCCUACGGGCUCGCAACAAGCGCAUCAAUACCUUCGAUGACAACCUCCGCAGCCUCACUGACGAGAUGUUCGACGUUAUGUACAAGACUGAUGGAAUUGGUCUCUCUGCACCACAAGUUGGGGUGAAUGUACAACUUAUGGUAUUUAAUCCAGCUGGUGUGAAGGGAGAAGGAGAGGAGAUUGUCCUUGUCAACCCGGUUGUAUACAAAAUGUCGAAGAGAUUGUUAGUGUAUGAGGAAAGCUGCUUAUCAUUCCCUGGGAUAUAUGCCAAUGUGGUGAGACCAGACAAUGUCAAAAUUGAUGCUCAGGAUGUUACAGGGGCAAAGAUUAAAGUUAAAUUGUCAGGUCUGUCUGCAAGAGUUUUCCAACAUGAAUUUGAUCAUUUACAGGGGAUUCUUUUCUUUGACAGGAUGUCUCUUGAUGUUCUUGAGAGCGUGCGUGAGGGACUGAAGGACCUAGAGAAGAAAUAUGAGGAAAGUACAGGACUAGUAAGCCCUGAAAGUAUUGAGAACUACAAAGGAAGAAAGGAUCUCAUUAGUUUCUCAAGAUGAGUAGCUUUCGGUUCUGGCAGUUUUUCAAAACAUCCUGCUGAGCUUCACAUUGAAGAUUGUGUAUUAGAACAGUUGCCAGUAUCACAUAUUCUUCUGUCAUUCUACUUUUUGCCAGUCUUGCUGUAUCUAGUUUUGUGCAACACCAGUGAUAUUACAACCAGAAAUUAUGCUAGUGAUAAAUGAGCUGUAUUUCCUAAGAAGGAAUAUGUGAACAAUAUUAGUGUUUGCAUAUAUAUGAUUUUUUAGAAGAUACUGUACUUUAUCAUUUUUCAUAAAAUUGUUCAUGUAAUGGCCUCUUCUCUCAAACUAUAUUUAGGGAAAAAAAAAUCCUAAUUGAGCAAAGCAAAUAACACUAUGGCAGUGACACAGAUAUGUAUUUUACAAUGAGAUAGGUGGAUGGUUGGUAACAAAAACUCGCAUAUGCAUUUUUCUCAUUGACCAGAACAUUUAUUAAUAUUAUAUACGCAUCA